AUGGCGAGUUCGAGUGGGACGAAGAAUCAGGACGUGGAAGUCAGGGGACCCCAGAGGCAAUUGUCUAGGACAUUUACCAGGCUUCCCACUUAUCUGGACCCUAAUGAUGUGGAUGGCCGGGUUGCUGAUAGUGAAAUGGUGCCCUCGGCUUUGGCCCCCAUUGCUCCUAUUCUCAGGGUGGCUAAUGAGAUUGAAGAGGACAAUCCCAAGAUUGCUUACUUGUGUCGCUUCCAUGCAUUUGAAAAGGCUCAUAGGAUGGAUCCCAAUUCAACUGGGCGUGGUGUUCGUCAGUUUAAGACCUACCUGUUACGAAAACUUGAAAGGGAUGAAGUAGCUACUGGGGCAACAGCGACUGAUCCUAGAGAAGUGUUAAGAUACUACAAGAAUUACUAUGAGAAAAAUAUCAAAGAGGGUCAAUAUACCAAAAAGCCGGAGGAUAUGGCUAAGAUUCUUCAAAUUGCUGCAGUGUUGUAUGACAUGCUUAUGACUGUUAUACCUCCCGGGAAAAUUGACCAAGAGACACGUAGGUAUGCUGAAGAUGUUCAGGAGAAGAGAGAACAAUAUAAGCACUACAACAUUCUUCCUUUGUAUGCUAUUGGUGUUAAACCUGCAAUUAUGGAACUCCCUGAGAUUAAAGCAGCACAUCGAGCUCUGCAGAAUGUGGAAAAUCUUCCUGUGAUCAGGUUGCCUGAGAACAAGUAUAAAUCAAUUAAUGAUAUUCUUGAAUGGCUUUAUCUGGUGUUUGGCUUUCAGAAAGGAAAUGUUGCAAAUCAGCGUGAACACUUGAUUCUGUUGCUGGCAAAUAUGGACAUACGAGAUAGGGAUGAAGAACAUUAUGAUCUGUUGGAUGAUAUCACUGUUCAGAAGCUUCUGGAUAAAAUCUUCAAAAAUUAUCAGUCAUGGUGCAAAUAUCUACACCGUACGCAUAAUCUCUUAUUUCCUCGUGGUGCUAAUAAGCAACAGUUGCAGCUUCUGUACAUUAGCCUAUAUCUUCUUAUAUGGGGUGAAGCUUCAAAUAUCAGAUUUAUGCCAGAGUGCAUUUGCUAUAUUUUCCACAAUAUGGCAAAUGAGGUGCAUGGGAUUUUAUUUAGUGAUACUCAUACUGUUACUGGAGGUUCAUAUCAAGUGGCAUCACGUGCUGAGGGGCAUUUCCUGCAGGAGGUUAUAACUCCAUUGUACGAGGUCCUGAGGAAGGAAGCCAUGAGAAACAAAAAGGGCAAAGCAAGCCAUGCUCAAUGGAGAAACUACGAUGACUUGAAUGAGUACUUUUGGUCUGGAAAAUGUUUUAAGUUGGGAUGGCCAAUGGACAAAAGUUCAGAUUUUUUUGUGCAUUCGGAUUAUAAACAGUCUGAAAAUGUGGCUUAUCAGGGUGGAAACAAUGUUACCGCUGGAAGACGGAAGCCGAAAACAAAUUUUGUUGAAAUCCGAACAUUUUGGCACCUUUAUCGAAGUUUUGACAGAUUAUGGAUCUUUUUCAUCUUGGCUCUUCAGGCAAUGAUUAUUAUUGCUUGGCAUGAGGACGGAUCCUUAGCUGCAAUCUUCGACCCAGAUGUCUUUCGAAGUGUUUUAAGCAUUUUUAUCACUGGUGCAGUUCUAAAUUUUCUGCGAGCUACUCUAGAUAUAGCUCUAAGUUUGAAUGCAUGGAGAAGCCUAAAGUUUAAUCAGAUACUUCGCUACCUCCUAAAAUUUGCAAUGGCUGCUUUCUGGGUCGUCCUUAUGCCUGUUGCAUACUCUAGAUCUGUUGACAAUCCGACUGGACUCGUCAGGUUUUUUAGUUCUCUAGGAGGAUCUUGGCUUCAUCAGUCACUCUAUAACUACUGCGUCGUACUCUACUUGAUACCCAACAUAUUGGCUGUGAUAUUGUUCCUUGUGCCGUACUUGCGGAAAACCCUGGAACGUUCCAACUCUUUCAUUUUCAUAGCACUGAUGUGGUGGGCCCAACCAAAGCUAUAUGUUGGAAGGGGAAUGCAUGAGGAUAUGUUCUCUCUUCUGAGAUACACAUUAUUCUGGAUCCUGCUGUUGAUAAGCAAGCUAGCUUUCAGCUACUAUGUUGAGAUAUUGCCUUUGGUUGGACCAACAAAGAUCAUAAUGGCUCUAAGGGUUGGCAAUUAUGAAUGGCACGAAUUCUUUCCUAAUGUUACUCAUAACAUUGGUGUUGUGAUCGCGAUCUGGGUUCCAAUCAUCCUGGUUUAUCUCAUGGAUACACAAAUAUGGUAUGCUAUAUUUUCAACAAUUGUUGGUGGUAUAUCAGGAGCUUUCAGUCACCUCGGCGAGAUAAGAACGCUGGGGAUGUUAAGGUCAAGGUUUGGAUCUAUUCCUCGAGCAUUCAAUCUCUGGCUUGUGCCAUCAACAAGAGAGGAAUUUAAACAGCGUAGAAAGGAUCUUCCAUUGGAUCCAAGAAGUGUUGCCAAAUUUUCGCAGAUGUGGAAUGAGUUCAUACUGUCUAUGCGAAUGGAGGAUUUGAUCAGCAACAGCGAGAGAGAUAUGCUUUUAGUACCCUAUUCAGCAAGUGACAUUUCAGUUAUCCAGUGGCCACCAUUCUUGCUCGCUAGUAAGAUUCCAAUAGCAAUUGACAUGGCACAAGAUCAUAAAGGAAAGGAUGAUGUGGACCUCUUCAAGAAGAUCACAAAUGAUCCUUUUAUGGAGUCAGCAGUCAUUGAAUGCUAUGAGACUCUAACAUUUAUUUUGUACAAUCUUGUCAGAGAUAAAGAUGAUCAACAGAUCAUUACAGAUAUAUGCACUGAGGUAAAAGUUAGCAUAGAACAAGGGAGAUUCUUAAAUGAGUUUCGAAUGAGUGGGUUGGUUUCUCUAAGUGAGAAAUUUCAGAAACUUCUAUCCCAUUUGAUAUCAGAUUAUGAAGAUGUGGUGAAUCACAGGUCCCAAGUUGUGAAUGUUAUUCAGGAUAUUAUGGAGAUUAUCACUCAUGACAUUAUGAAUAACGGACAUGAAAUCUUGAAGAGAGUUCCUCUGGGCCCCCAGAGUGACAGAAAAGAGCAGAGGUUUGAAAAUAUAAACUUUGAACUCACUGAAAACAGAUCUUGGAGAGAAAAGGCUGUCAGACUCCAUUUGCUUCUGAAUGUGAAGGAAUCUGCAAUAAAUGUUCCUACUGAUUUAGAUGCUCGUCGCCGCAUCACAUUCUUUGCAAACUCCCUUUUCAUGAAGAUGCCGCCUGCUCCCAAAGUUCGGAAUAUGCUAUCUUUUAGUGUAUUGACCCCAUAUUAUAAUGAAGACGUUCUCUAUUCCGAAGAUAAGCUUAAUGAGGAAAAUGAAGAUGGCAUUACAAUUCUGUUUUACCUCCAGAAGAUAUACCCAGAUCAAUGGAAAAAUUUUGAGCAAAGAAUGAAAGAUCCAAAUUUCGGUUAUUCUGAGAAAGAUAGGACAGAUUUGAUUCGCGAGUGGGUAUCCUACCGGGGGCAGACACUUUCUAGGACAGUUAGAGGGAUGAUGUACUACAGGCAUGCUCUCGAACUCCAAUGCUUUCUGGAUUCUGCCAAAGAUCGAGAAAUUUUUGCUGGCUACCGCUCAAGAGAUAACGAUGUCCAAAGAAAGCUAAGGCGGGAUUCAAAGGCUUUGGCAGAUAUGAAGUUUACCUAUGUUGUGUCUUGUCAGAUCUAUGGCGCUCAGAAGAAAUCCAGUGUUUCUGAACAGCGUAGUCAUUACGUUAACAUUCUUUCUCUCUUGCUAACAUAUCCUUCUCUUCGGGUUGCUUAUAUCGAUGAAGUAGAGGACAGUAACAGUGAUGGAAAAUCUACAAAGAGUUACUAUUCUGUUCUUGUCAAAGGAGGGAAUAAGUUGGAUGAGGAAAUUUACCGCAUCAAGCUUCCCGGUCCUCCAGCAGUGAUUGGUGAAGGAAAGCCCGAGAAUCAAAAUCAUGCCAUUAUUUUUACUCGUGGGGAAGCCUUGCAGACCAUAGACAUGAAUCAGGAUAACUACUUUGAGGAAGCAUUCAAAAUGAGAAAUACGUUGGAAGAAUUUCUUCAGUAUCAUCAUGGGCGACGGACACCAACUAUUUUGGGCUUAAGGGAGCAUAUCUUUACCGGAAGUGUUUCUUCUCUUGCUGGGUUCAUGUCCAAUCAGGAGACAAGUUUUGUAACUAUUGGACAAAGAGUUUUGGCCAGUCCUCUGAGGGUAAGGUUCCACUACGGGCACCCUGAUAUUUUCGACAGGAUCUUCCACAUAACUAGGGGCGGCAUAAGCAAAGCGUCAAAAACUAUUAACUUGAGUGAAGACAUAUUUGCAGGUUACAAUUCAACUUUGAGAGGAGGAUAUGUAACGCAUCAUGAAUACAUCCAAGUUGGCAAGGGACGUGAUGUGGGGAUGAAUCCAAUAUCACUUUUUGAAGCAAAGGUUGCAAAUGGAAAUGGUGAACAGACUCUUAGUCGAGAUGUCUAUCGGCUUGGACGUCGAUUUGACUUCUUUAGAAUGUUGUCAUUUUACUUCACAACUGUUGGGUUUUACUUUAGCAGUAUGGUCACAGUGCUGGUUGUAUACAUGUUUCUAUAUGGGCGGUUAUACAUGGUCCUGAGUGGCAUGGAGAGGCGAAUUCUGGAAGAUCCAACUGUUCGGCAGAGCAAGGGACUAGAAGAGGCUUUAGCUACGCAAUCUGUAUUUCAACUUGGAUUGUUACUGGUGCUGCCAAUGAUUAUGGAAAUUGGUCUUGAACGUGGAUUCAGAACUGCGCUGGGUGAUUUUAUAAUCAUGCAGCUACAACUGGCCUCAGUAUUCUUCACUUUUCAUCUUGGAACAAAAGCGCAUUACUAUGGCAGAACACUUUUGCAUGGAGGUUCUAAAUACCGGGCUACAGGUCGAGGUUUUGUAGUUCGUCAUGAAAAGUUUGCUGAAAACUACCGAAUGUAUUCCCGCAGUCACUUUGUCAAAGGGCUGGAGUUGUUUAUGCUGUUGCUUAUAUAUCAAAUCUAUGGACGUGGUUACCGCAGUUCAAAUUUAUACCUGUUCAUCACUUUUUCUAUGUGGUUCCUCACCGCGUCCUGGUUGUUUGCUCCUUUCGUGUUCAAUCCAUCUGGGUUUGAUUGGCAGAAAACAGUGGAUGACUGGACAGAUUGGAAAAGAUGGUUGGGAAAUCGUGGUGGUAUUGCGAUUUCACCGGAUAAAAGUUGGGAAUCCUGGUGGGAUGGGGAGCAGGAACACCUAAAACACACAAAUAAGUUGGGCAGAUUGCUCGAAGUAGUCCUUGCAUUUCGGUUUUUCAUAUACCAAUAUGGAAUUGUUUAUCACCUUGAUGUAUCUCAUGGAAUAAAAAAUAUAGGGGUAUAUGGACUUUCUUGGUUUGUCAUGGCGGUUGUACUGGCUGUUUUAAAGAUGGUAUCAGUUGGCAGACGAAGAUUUGGGACUGACUUCCAGCUUAUGUUCAGGAUCUUAAAGGCUCUUCUGUUCCUUGGUUUUGUAUCUGUUAUGACUGUCUUAUUUGUUGUCGCUGGUCUCACUGUGAGAGAUAUAUUUGCUGCUAUCCUUGCCUUCACUCCUUCGGGCUGGGCCAUUCUUUUGAUCGCUCAAGCAAUGAGGCCCUUCUUGAAAGGCAUAGGUUUCUGGGAUUCCAUUAUGGAACUGGCAAGAGCAUACGAAUGCUUGAUGGGAAUCGUUAUAUUCGCACCUGUGGCCGUGUUGUCUUGGUUCCCAUUCGUCUCAGAAUUCCAAACUCGGCUGCUCUUCAACCAAGCGUUCAGCAGAGGUCUCCAGAUUUCGAUGAUUCUUGCUGGGAAGAAAGACAAAUCCUCGACCAGUUGA